CUGUCAAACCAAAAAUGCAUUUCACACAUCUUACAAAAGCUAGCAAUUCUAAUUAGAAGUAAUGAAAAUACUUCCGUAAUUUAAUUAUUUUUUUAUCCUUUUGUGUGAUGUUGUCAAAAAAGCCGAAACCAGCUUUCUGGAAAUUUGUGAAAGGUGGUGCAAAAACAUUGUUUAUUGCAGAAGCAAUUUGCUUUGCGGUAUCCUACGGAGUUUAUUAUCGCAUGAAUACAAAUCGUGAAUUCAGGCACUACAUAAACGAAAACUUCCCAUUUGUGCUGGAUUACUACUAUAAAGCGGGCGAGGUUUUAGGUAACAGCAACUUGCGUCAAAUCGAUUCGGCUGUGUGGCGAGCUGAAAGCGAAAAACGGGAAUAAAUUGCAAACAUUUCGGUUUGUGCAGGCGGUAUUGGCUACGGACUAUUGCGACUUACUGAGCCGUCCGAAGAAAAGAUUCAACGCAUAAAGGAAACUGGUGGUGCAA